UCCCCCCACUCCCAAAUGGCCGCCGCCUGCUUCCUCUCCGCCCCCUCCCCGCUCGCCCGCCCGCCGCCGCGCCCGCGCCAUUCCCUCAGGCACAUCGCGCGCGCCGCGGCCAACAGGCCGCCCGCCGGCCCCCUCGCGCUCCCGGCCUCGUUGCGGAGGCCGCUGCGCGACCUCGUGGUGGGCCCCGUCGCCGAGGCCGCGCGGCGGGCGCUGGCGGCCGCCGCGGGGCCCCUGGUAGUCGCGCUCGCCUCCGCCGCGCUGCUCCUCGGGGACGCCGGGGCCGCGUCCGCGUUCGUCGUCGCCACGCCGCGGAAGCUGCAGGCCGACGAGCUCGCCACCGUGCGCCUCUUCAAGGACAACACCCCCUCCGUCGUCUACAUCACCAACCUCGCCGUCAGGCAGGACGCCUUCACGCUGGACGUGCUCGAGGUGCCGCAGGGCUCCGGCUCCGGCUUCGUCUGGGACAAGCUCGGCCACAUCGUCACCAAUUUCCAUGUCAUCCGUGGCGCCUCGGACCUCAGGGUCACGCUUGCUGAUCAGUCGGUGUAUGAAGCGCAAGUUGUCGGAUUUGACCAGGACAAGGAUGUUGCUGUUUUGAGUAUCGAAGCACCAAAGGAUAAACUAAGACCUUUACCAGUUGGUGUGUCAGCAGACCUACUGGUUGGUCAGAAAGUUUAUGCCAUAGGAAACCCUUUUGGCCUUGACCACACUCUUACAACAGGUGUUAUCAGUGGAUUGCGGAGAGAAAUUAGUUCAGCUGCAACUGGACGUCCUAUACAGGAUGUAAUACAGACUGAUGCUGCUAUCAACCCUGGUAACAGCGGGGGCCCACUUCUUGAUAGUUCUGGAAACCUGAUAGGUGUAAAUACUGCUAUAUACUCACCUUCAGGAGCAUCAUCUGGGGUUGGCUUCUCCAUUCCAGUUGAUACAGUUGGUGGUAUCGUGGAUCAGCUUAUACAAUUUGGGAAAGUGACAAGACCUAUUUUGGGGAUAAAAUUUGCCCCUGACCAAUCUGUGGAGCAGCUUGGAUUGAGUGGAGUGCUUGUCUUGGAUGCUCCCCCAAACGGACCAGCUGGCAAAGCGGGUCUGCAAUCAACGAAACGGGAUGCCUACGGACGACUUAUCCUCGGGGACAUAAUUACUUCUGUUAAUGGUACUAAGGUUGCGAAUGGAAGCGACCUGUACCGUAUCUUGGAUCAGUGCAAAGUCGGAGAGACGGUGACCGUGGAAGUAUUGCGCGGAGAUAAGAAGGAGAAGAUCGCUGUGGUCCUUGAACCAAAGCUCGACGAAACAUAGUGAGCGGUGUCCUUCUCGGGUGUAUUCUCACGUAGGUACAAGGUAUUAGCAUGUUGGCCUACCACGGAGCUCCUUGUACAUAAUUGAUGUUUGUAAAUUGUCUGGUGUAAAAAGAAUGAAAAGAAAAAUAUCAAUUUGGUUCAUUGCUCAUGCCUUAUGUGCACUGUUCCAGUACAUGAUCUAUCUGCUUACGUAUGCUACUAGUCUAUAUACCUAUACCAAUAUAUAGUGUGACAAUAA